AGCUUUAGUCUGCCACCGCUAAACUUUGAUAAAUACAUUAAUUGAUCAUCUACUCAUCUCAUAGAUUAAAAUUACAUGAUUUCCUACUUUAGUUAAGGUAUAAAACUUAUUAGAUUCGGUGCUUGUGUGUACAUUCUGAUCUGAAACUCACAAUGAAAGGUAUUGUUAUAUUAUUAUUGGUGGCGUGCGCGGCCGUGAGCCGUGCCCAAGUGGAUCAGUGUCCCUCAGAGCAGGAGACAGACUGGGAAAUCGAAAUGUUACUCAGACACGAAGAUUGUGACAAAUUCUACAAAUGUACGUUCGGCAAGCCCAUAGCUUAUCAGUGCCCUUCAAAUCUUUACUUCAACCUGGAAACUUGGCAGUGCGACUGGAGGGACAAUGUCGAUUGUACUGAUAGAUAUGUGCCUGGUGAAGACCCGACCACGCCUAAACCAACUCCUGAACCCACUACUCCCGAACCCACUACUCCCGAGCCCACUUCUGAACCCACUACUCCCGAGCCCACUACUCCCGAGCCCACUACUCCCGAGCCUACAACUCCUGAACCCACAACUACAACAACAACUCCUGAACCCACAACGACCACCACAACCACCACCACUACCACACCCGCCCCAACAACAACAACCACCACCACUACCACACCCGCCCCAACAACAACAACCACCACUACAACAACUACCACCCCAGCUCCAACAACAACCACCCCAACUACUACAACAACUACCACCCCUGCCCCAACAACAACCACACCAACUACAACAACAACAACACAAGCCCCAACUACUGUAGCCCCAACAACUGAAGUACCAACAACUGAAGUACCAAUUGACUUCUUGCCCAACGGAUGCCCAGUGAACCCCCACAUCCACUGGCUUCUGCCCCACGAGACUGACUGCAAUGCAUUCUACUACUGCGUUUGGGGACAACUGGUCUUGAGGCAGUGCCCCGCUACGUUACAUUUCAACAGGGUUAUUCAGGUCUGCGACUGGCCUUGGGAUGCAGGAUGCCCAGCUACUUUGAACAAACAUUUGGAGUCCAGAGUGAUGUUCAGAUAAUUAUGUCAUUUUUACAACUAAAUCGAAUUGCAAUGUGAUGAAAAAAAACAAUGAAGUGGAAACGUUUUAUAUUAUUUUAUCUCUAUUUUAUACCUUAACAGUAUUUUUUAUGAUUAAAACAUAAGCAACUGUA